GUACCUAAAAAACAGAAUUCAUGAGGUGUUCAUCUCAUCCAUCAGCAAUGGCCUCUUCAACAUCUUCACCAUUUUCACUUAAUUUAAUUUUACCAACUGCAACUGCAACUACUACUAUUCGUACACUCUCUCGAACUCACUCUUCAAACUUCAAAUUUUUUUGUUGUAAUCAAACAAUUCAACUAGAGACCCAACAAAUUAACCCCAAAAGGAAGAAUCAAAGAAAACCCAGACCUAGUUUUUCUGAUCAAGUUCUUGAAAAGUGGUCUCGGAAACCCACUUCAUUGGGAGAGAAAUUCCCAUGGCAGAACGAAGAAAGACAACAGCAAGAGCGGAAAUUUUCAACCAAAUUCGUACAAGAUGAAGAGUCUAGCAUCGAUAGCAACUCGUUCGUGGGCGACUCAGUUAGGUCUGAUUCAAUCAAAAGCGUAAAGCUUGCUCCUUGGGUUCAAAAAACUAAACCCCAGAAACAAAAUAUUGAUGUGGAAGAUGGAAAUUCCCGAAAAGAUAUUGACGGAGGUAAAAAUGAUGGCGGGUUUGUUUUCCCCGUGUCAAGAACCGGUAGUGAGUCGUCGCUGAGCGACUCUGAGAGCAAUGGUGGAACCACAACCAUUGCUGGGGUUUCUGUGCAGAAACGAAAUCUUGAAAGGGUUAUUGUUAGAGAUAACGAAAGACAUUCAAAUAACGAUGGCGAAAUUCAAAGUAUCGAGAGGGUACCAUGGGAGAGAGGAAAAGAUUUGUUUCAGAGUAGUAGCAAUACACCAAUGGCAGAUAAAUUGAUACCAGAAUUCGAAUUGAGGAGAUUGAGGAACAAAGCAGGGAGAAUGGUGGAAAGAUUUAGAGUUGGUGCAGCUGGGGUUACACAAGAACUGGUCGACUCAAUUCAUGAAAAAUGGAAAAUGGAUGAAGUUGUGAAGUUGAAAUUUAAAGGACCUUCAGCCAUGAACAUGAAAAGAAUCCAUGAAAGUUUAGAGAGUAGAACAGGUGGUUUAGUGAUAUUUAGAUCGGGCAGUUCAGUAGUAUUAUUUAGGGGAAUGGCUUACAAGCUUCCAUGCGUACAAUCAUUUAAAGAGCAAAAAUCAAGGGAUACAGAAAAUAAAUCAUCAAUGAAUUAUCCCGAACAAUAUAUUAAAGAUCUUUCUGAAGAAGAAUUACUUGAUUUGAAAGAAAUGAAUCUUGUUUUAGAUGAAUUGGGCCCAAGGUUUAGGGAUUGGUCAGGUCGUGAGCCACUACCUGUAGAUGCAGAUUUGCUUCCUUCUAUCAUUGAAGGGUAUAAACGUCCUUUUAGACUUCUCCCCUAUGGGACAAAACCUGGUUUACAAGAUAAAGAGAUGACUUUUUUCCGUAGGACUGCAAGAACAAUGCCUCCACAUUUUGCACUCGGAAGAAAUAGAAAUCUGCAAGGACUUGCGGAUGCAAUGACGAAGCUAUGGGAACAAAGUGCCAUUGCAAAGAUAGCCAUCAAACGUGGUGUGCACAACACUUGUAAUGAAAGAAUGGCAGAAGAGCUCAAGAUACUGACAGGAGGAACUCUAGUCUCUAGAAACAAGGACUAUAUCGUCUUUUACAGGGGUAACGACUUUUUACCCCCUAAUGUGACAAAGACAUUGAUCGAAGCACAAGACAUAAGAACUAAUAGACAAGAGGAUGAAGACAAAGCACGGGAAAAGGCUUUGACUUUCAUUGACUUGACUCAUAAAAACUCGGUCAAAGGCCCGUUAGUUGCCGGGACCCUUGCGGAAACCAUGGCCGCCACCUCACGGUGGGGAAGUGAGCGGAGCGGGGAGGAGAUUGAGAAAAUGAGGAGGGAUUCAGCGGUUGCCAGACACGCUUCUCUUGUCAGAUUGCUUGAAAAGAAGCUAGCUCUUGCGAAAGGAAAGAUGAAAAAGGCUGAAAAGGCAUUAGCAAAAGUUCAAGAAUAUCUACAGCCAUCACAACUUCCUACAGAUUUGGAAACAUUAACAGAUGAGGAGAGGUUUUCACUUCGUAAGAUAGGGCUUAGUAUGAAACCCUACUUGGAAUUAGGGAGACGGGGUGUAUUUGAUGGCACAAUUGAAAAUAUGCAUCUACAUUGGAAGUACAGAGAGGUAGUGAAGAUAAUGGUGGAGAGGAAAAGCUUUGCACAAGUGAAACAUGUGGCCAUUUCUCUUGAGGCAGAAAGUGGUGGAGUUUUGGUGUCUGUAGAUAAAACCACAAAAGGGUAUGCAAUUAUUGUUUAUCGUGGAAAGAAUUAUGAGCGCCCAAAAGCAAUCAGACCCAAGAAUCUUUUGACUAGAAGGCAAGCUUUAGCUCGUGCAAUUGAACUGCAAAGACGCGAGGCGUUAAAGCAUCAUAUUGUGGAGUUGUUGGAAAGAAUUGAGAAGCUGAAAGGGGAACUUGAGGAUAUGAAGAUUAUUGAUGAGAUUGAUGAAGAGACGUUGAGAUCGAGGAUAGAAGAUGAUUUGGAUUCGGAUUCGGAAUCUGAUUCCGAUGAUUAUGGUGGAAUGGCAGAGGAUGAAGAAGCAUACCUGGAAACAUAUGAAGAUAGUGAUCAAAGAUGAGUGAGAUCCAUGUGCAUAUUAGUUUUAGUUUUUCAUCUCAAUGACUCAACACAUAUGCCAAACUCAAGUUAUGGAUCAAAGAUUAUGUGAUUUUGUAUUACCUCUUUAAUAAUAUAUUUAUGGCCUCAUACAUAUGUUGUAUUUAUGAGUGAAAAGCCCCUCAAUUCUUUUGAAAUGACUCAAUGAGGCAUGGGAGCUUGUUUAAGCGGCAU